CAUUCUCAUCGGUCAUCGUGCGAUUUUGAUGGAAAUUCUUUUUAUGCGACGCUCUAUUCAUUAACUAUUUCCUGUCCAAAGUGACACUCUCUUCCCAGAGGGCAAGAGAUAUGGAAAAAAAUGAUUAUCCAAGUUGGGUCACCGUGCGCCAUGUUUGCUGCAGCGAUUGAUGGGUGGAAACAAACAGAGCAUGUCGAAUAUUUCGCAACCCAUAAGGAUUUGAGGAAGUGCCCCCACAGACUUCACCUCCGUUCUUAUUGAUAAAACAUUCAUAUUCUGUGAAUUCAUUUGUAAACGAAAGAAAGGCGCGGAACAACAACAAAACAUAAUGUUCUACAUUGUUACCAUACGCGUUCAAAAACAGUCAUUUGGUCUUUUCAAAUUCCCGCUUUUCACGGAUCAGAAUUUGGCGCUCUGAGAAACUUUCGCCGCCUUAAGAGAGGAGAAAAUUAUCGUUCAAAGGCCUCUUUAGUGGAUGUUACUUCAUGCCAUGAACAACAAGGGUUCAGAAGCUCUGUUCCAGGCUAGUUCGUCGUGCAAACUUCGUCUUGUGCGCAUGCUUGUGGAAGGAGGAACCUCGGUCAAUGUUCGUAACGAGCGCCAGGAGACACCACUAAUGCUAUGCUGUCAAUCCAAGACGGACAUCGAUGAAAAAAGUCGAGUUGUGAGUUACUUACUCAGCCAACAAGCAAAGGUAAAUUUGCAAGACGUUGACGGUCGGACAGCUCUGAUGUACGCUUGCACUUCAAACUCUGGAAAAGGAAUCAUCCAGGCUUUGAUGGAUGCAAAGUCUAAUCCGUGGAUCGAAGAUGGAAGUAAAAGUACAGUGUUUGAUUAUGUAAUGAAUGCUGGGGAUUUAGAGACCACGAGACUUCUAAUUAACGCUUGUCGAGAAAACAUCGAAAUACGAGGAAAUUUUCAAAUGAAAAACUUAGAAGAAUGUCUAGCUAAUAUGCAGGACAUUCGCAAGUUCUCCUGGCCAUUGAUGGGCCCCAGGUUACGGAGAAACCACAUGAAUUUGUAUGCUGCUGAGAAAGAAGACACUUCCAUCUCCAGCGGAAAUCUCUUAGGUGCUGAUUUAGGGGUUGAUGGCGAAAAUCCUCAACCUGAGAGACGAAGGAAAAGAUCUGUGUGUCACUUUGAUCCGCUUGAUAUUCAAGAAAUAUUACGUUGCUCAGAACAGACUAAUACCAAUAGAUCAAAAACAGAAAGUGAACAAGAAGGUAAAAGUGAGACGGAAGGGAAGCGAAAAACCUCUGUUCGUUCACUUUCAGAGGAGGAAAGGUUCAGUGUUCAGAUUUCUGAUGCAGAAACCUCGCCGCGUGACCCUUCAUCUGGGCUUGAAAAACUGCUAAAGCUACAAGAUUCUUUCGGCUCUUCAGAUUCAAACGAGUCCCCUUGCCCGACAAGUGGUAGUCGCAGGGAUUCAUUGACAACAGCUGGCUUCUCUUCUGCGAAUAAACACUCAUGGAAAGAGCAAAACUCGAUGCAGGAAAAUGGUUUUUCUAGUUUAGAAAAGGUAGAAGAUAUCACAAUCAAGGGCGGAAGCGAGGUUUCUUUAGCACCAAAGAUGCCUAAUGGCGAUGAUAAGAGUGAAAACGCAAGUUCAUUCGCAGGCGAUGAGACGCAAAAAUCUGCUCAUUCAAACGAAAAGAAUAGAACAGAAAAAGAUUGCGAACAGGAAAAACUUUUCAUAACUCGCAAUUCCUCCACGAGUGUGAUGCUCAACGAGAACUGCUCAUCAUUUGUCGAGACCUCAAUUCAAAGUCUAAGGCAAGUUAAUAGGGACUCCGCCGUGGAUAGGGCAUUUACGGAAAACACAGAAAACAGGUCAAACCGGAUUGUAUCUCCAGCAACCAGUCAGCAGUCGUCUCCCGUUUUGAGCCCCAUAGCAUCCCCAAGAGUAACUCGUCGUCAAACUACUGCACUGACGUUUAAACAAACCACGGCAAGUCCUCGAGCAUCUCCAGUGCCGCCUAUUUUCGACAACAAUCGACAAGAAGCAGGAGCACCCAUUGUAAGACGGUACACUCUAUCUGCAAUGGACAUGGGCAAGUUACAAAACACGGCUGGUAUCAAGACCCUCUUAACACCACCGACACACUCUUCCACCGCUGACAUUGACACCAGGAGGGCGGGGCUGGAGGGAUGCUUUGCCCCUCCUGGGCUGAGGAAGAGUAAGAGUGAUCUAACAGAUUGGAAGUCCAUUUCACGCAAUUUACAGGGUAAAGAGUAUGUAGAAGUCGGACCAAGUCCCGGGCCAAGCAUUCACAGCUUUCAGCAGCUUGUCGGCAACAACAAGGAAGGAAGUGAUAUUACUGAGUUCCAGUUACCGAGUAUCUCUUCACUGAAGAAAGGAAGUCGUUCAACGAUGAUCACUACCACAGAGAGCAAAACUCAGAAUGCUGAACACAGAAUGGACCUGCCAUUACCUUGGCCAAAUAAUGCCGACAAACAACGCCUGUGCUUCUCUGGUCAGGAAUUUCCUGUCGAUGAUCAAAGACGAUCACCCAGCCCAGGACGCAACUCGCUCCCCUCAUCGCCAAAAGACCCCACAGUGCCAUCAACAGCUGGCGCCUAUGACUCCGUUGCUAUAGCCAAAGUGGCUGAUUUGUCACCAAGGGGCUCAGAGAACUCACCGGGAGAUGUGUUUCCAGACCUAUUCUUCAACUCUCCCACGAGAGCACACUACACAGAGGACAAUAAUUCCAAGUUGGGGGAAAGCGUAAAAGCAAAUUCGACGAAUUUCAACCUCAGAAAUAACAGAGACGUCCUUGCUUUAAAUUCCAACGUUUCCGAGGAUCGUAAUGCAGUUUCGUCUCCCAAUCAGCAGCGAAUUAGUCCAAGACUCCGCCCAGCCACACUUCUACCACCGCUGACAAUUUCCAACAGGAGAUCGCCGACGCAUGACCUCGAAGAUGGCUAUUUCUCGGGGUCACCUUCACCAGCGGAUGUUGAAAGUCCACGAAGAAAAUCAAGCAAUGAGUAUCUGCGGUACUCAUUUCGACCGAUUUCCCCCCGUUCCCCUAUUCGCUCACCAAAGUUCAACACGGGAAAACUAUCUCAACCACGUUAGAACUAAGUAUUCUAUGAAAGAUUUGGCGGCAGUGAUCGAUACAAUUCCAAGCUAUGACUGACUCAUAACUGAAGAAAUGGUUUGUUAGACAAAAUGGACUAAAAUGACUUACAACACUGCAUAUUAGUUAAAGACACAAAGAAUUCAUCGCUUAGAUUGGGAUUCUAAAUCAUCUCAAAUACGAGCAGAACUACAGGAGCAAUAGAAUCUCACAAAUCAUGCAACGCUUGAAAACCGUUUUAUUUUGCCAGACAGGCCCCUUUAUGCCAGGCGUCGUGCGCAGGACGAUUUAUAAAGUGAAUCCUUUAACUCCCAAGAUCUGAUUACUAAUUCUCCCCACUAGCUGCUACACAUUUCCUUGUAAAUUCCAAGUUAAAAGAGAAUUUCAUGUUCGAUCGAGAUAACAACUUCUUCCCGAUAAGAUUGAGUGUUAUCACUACCUUUUUUUUUCUAGAUAAUGUGUGGAUAUCAUAGAGAGAAGUUUCGUGUUGAUUACUGGCGGGAAUAAAAGGGUUAAUAUAAA